AGCGUUAGAACGCCGGAUAAGUGCUGUGUGAUGGCGAAGUACUGUCUGAAAAAGGUUAGCAAAAGGCAGAGUUGUGCCAAACGUUAUAAAAUUGAGAAGAAAGUCAGGGAACAUAAUCGCAAGGUCAAGAAAGAGGCUAAGAAACUGGGUCGGAGAAAGAAGAAGGAGAAGGUGAUUACAGUACCAAAGGCUUGCCCUUUUAAAGAGGAGAUCCUUAUGGAAGCAGAGAAAGUUCGGGAGCGUUUGAAAGCGAGAGCUGAAGCAAAGAAGGAGGCAGUUAUCCAAGCUCGUGCAGAGAAACGAAAAGGUUUAGUGCCAGCAGAUCUUCAGUCGCUUGCUGCAAGAGCAGAAAAAGAGGGUGAAGCAUUUGAAAGGGUGCAGAGUUCCAAAAGUGACGCUGUUGAUGGAUUCAAUCCUUUAAAUAACAAGACCAUCAAAGCCUAUGCUGCUGAAGUUUUUGAAUAUCCGUCAUUAUCUUUGUGGGUACUGGAUGCACGUGAUCCUCUCGGAAGUCGUAGUUCCUCUGUUGAACAGCAAGUCCUGGGCAGUGGCAAACGUCUUGUACUUCUGUUGAAUAAGAUCGAUCUUGUCCCAAGAGAGAAUGUUGCGAAAUGGUUGACGUAUUUGAGAACACAGAUGCCCACUAUAGCAUUUAAAGCCAGUACACAGGAGCAAAACACAAACAUAAGUAGAUUCCCCAGCUCAAAUCUGAACAAUUUAUCAUCUUCAAAAUGCAUUGGAGCCGAUAUCGUGAUGAAAUUACUCGGAAAUUAUUGUCGAAAUAAGGACAUAAAAACAAGUAUACGGGUUGGAGUUGUCGGGUUUCCUAAUGUUGGUAAAAGCAGCGUUAUAAAUAGCCUUAAGAGAAGACGUGCAUGUAACGUCGGCGCGAUGCCUGGUGUUACUAAGUACGUUGCUUUGAAAAAUACGAUUCGUAUCGAUUCGUUGGCUGACUACGUUGGGCCUGUCUGUGCAAUUCUUAGAAGAUGCUCGAAAGAGACGUUGAUGCUGCACUACUCUAUUCCCGAAUAUCAUUCUACUGAUCAAUUCCUUGCUUUGGUUGCCCGGAAAUUAGGUCGACUCAAGAAAGGAGCGAGACCUGAUACGAACGCAGCCGCAAAACAUGUGUUAAACGAAUGGAAUAAUGGAAGACUUCGUUACUAUACUCAUCCACCUGAAGAAACAUCUACGGUUUCCGCAGAUACUGCUGUGUCGGCGGAAAUUGUGAGCCAGUUCAGCAAAGAAUUCGAUAUUGAUGCUCUUGACAACGAUUUAAGAAAAUUAGUCGACGGUUGGUUUUGUAUUGUCUUCGCGCUUUCCAUUGCACUUUUAUUCCAUGUGUAUUGCCAUAAAUUGCACUUUUUGCAUUUCUUCUGGGGACAAACAGUUUGA